AUGUAAAUGCUCGUAGGAAAGAAUGGGGAAAUAUAUGAUGACUUGGCUUAUAUUCCAAACUAUUAAAAGAAAGAUAAUAAGAAGGAUAAUAAGAAUAGCUAAAAAUAAGUUUAAUAAUAGGCAAAUGAGUAGGACAAAAAGUAGAAUGAUUAAGUAAAAUAAGUGAUAAAGGAUGCCAUUUAGGACAAAGACAAAUAAAAAUGA